UGGGCAAAAAAAUCGAUUUAAUCGAUUUAUCGAUUUUGUAGUGUAAAACGAUUUUUAUUUUGCAAACUCGAGUUUUUUUUCCCCCGGACUUUUCCGCGUUUCGUCCUUGUGCGUCACCAUAGCGCGACAUGAGCCAGCCCCCGCCCCGCGUAACCAUAGAUACUAAAAGAGGCGCGUAACAGAAUCAAAACAACAUGGCAGCGUGUAGUACUAGCAGAGAACUACUUCCAAAGAAAGGCACAGGUAAUUCUGUAAUUUGGAACUGGUUUGGUUUUCAUGCAGCAGACCAAACACAGACGAAGCCUUGCUGCAAAAUAUGUUUCAAGGCUGUUGCUACUGGAAGCAGCAGUACAACAAAUCUUUUCCAGCACCUGAGGAAUAAACAUCGCGAGGAAUGGGAGAAGUGCAGCCGGCUUCGUAGCGAAAACGGCUCCUCUAGCACACCUGCUGAAAAGCAAACUACACUUCCUGAGAGUUUUACAAACUGUGUGCCUUAUGAUAAGAACGGAGUGCGAUGGAAAGCGAUUACAGAGGCGAUCACGUUUUAUAUUGCCACAGACAUGCUGCCAAUUUAUUCUGUCGAAAAGCGAGGCUUUAAUAACAUGCUUAAAGUAUUAGAUGCGAGGUACGUUGUCCCCAGUCGCAAGUAUUUCGCCAGUGUAGCGCUGCCUCACCUGUACAAUACAACUCGGGAAAAGAUCCGCAGUGAGCUGGAGGAGAUGCAGUUUUACUCGGCCACAACGGACCUGUGGUCCAGCCGGACGAUGCAGCCAUAUCUGAGUCUGACGGUUCACUACAUCAACACUAGUUGGACUCUGCGGAGCAUCUGCCUUCAGACAGCGUAUUUCCCCGACAACCACACUGGUGACGUAAUUGCCCAUGGCUUAAAAGACGCUCUCAGCUCCUGGGGACUUUCGGAGGAACGACUCGUCUGCAUGACAACUGAUAGUGGCACCAACAUCAUAAAAGCCCUUAAAGACAACAAUUGGCCCAGCUUGCAGUGUUUUGGCCACAGACUCCACAACGCCAUAGAGAAUGGUGUAAAAGAUCCAAGGAUUGAUCGGGCCAUAGGGGUCUGCAAAAAAGCUGUAUCAGCCUUCUCCUACAGCUGGAAAAAAAGGCGAGACAUGACAGAGUUGCAGGCUGAGCUUGGACUUCCCCAGCAUCUUUUGAUCUCAGAAUCCCCAACACGUUGGGGGUCUCGUCAAAAGAUGAUUGAGCGUUUUCUCGAGCAAGAGAAGGCAAUUACUCGUGUCCUGGGUGCGGACAAGAAAACGCGUCAUCUUGUUCCCACGUGGCAAGAUUUGGAAGUAUUAGAAGCCACCAACAAAGCAGUGAAACCUCUCCAGGACUUCACUGAUGCACUGUCAGGGGAGUCAUUUGUUAGUGUGUCAUGCAUCAAACCAGUGCUGCAUUUGUUUAAAACAAGUCUCCUCCUGCCAGAGGAGGAAGAUUUGGAGCUAACAAAAACAAUCAAAGCUAACAUCAUGCGUUACCUCGAAAGUAAAUACUGCGAUUUGGAGAAGGAGGAACUUUUGGACAUAGCCACACUUUUCGACCCGAGGUUCCGUACAACCUACAUUGAUGCUAGCAAACUUGAAGUUGUUAAAAAAGAGCGGUGUCUGAGAUCUCUGCUCUCUGCAACUCUACCACAGAGGAAGCUGGUCCCUCAGCUGUUCAAGAGAACACCCCACCAAAAAAGAAAAUGACUCUGGGUGCCUUCUUUAAAAACAGUGCACCAUCCACCACGCCACACCCACAAUCUGAGAAAACAAAAAUUGAGACUGCGCUUGCAACGUAUUUACUUAUUCCAGACAUAGAGCCAGACACAGAUCCUCUUGAAUGGUGGAAGCUGCAUCAGCCCAACUUUCCAAGGCUAAGCUUACUGGCUAAAAAAUAUCUUUCUAUUCCAGCCACUAGUGCCCCCUCAGAGAGGGUAUUUAGUGUGGGUGGGGGAAUAGUUACCUGCAACCGGGCCUGCCUUAAGCCAGAGGUUGUGGAGAGGCUCUUCUUUCUUGCAAAAAAUGUUUAGAAUGAGCAUGCACAAUGUUUCAGAGAUCUAACAAGCUCGUUUUUGUUGUUAUAGGUAAAAGUUUACAUUUGUUCACUCUUUGAGCAGGCUGUAUGUCUGCCACAGGCAUGUUUCAUUGUUUAUAUUCAAAGUUCACACUAUACUGAGAAGAGUUUAUUUUUUUAUUUCAUUGUUUAUAUUUAAAGUUCACACUAUACUGAGAAUAGUUAAUUUUAUUAUUUCAUUGUUUAUAUUUAAAGUUCACACUAUACUGAGAAGAGUUUAUUUUUUUUAUUGUAAUGUUAUAUGUUACAAAAUUUGUAAUUAUCAGAUUUCUUGAACAGAAAAUUUAAGCUACUGUGAAGUUGUUGCACUUUUGCUUAAACCUGGGUUAAAGCUUGAAAUUGUUGAAUGACAGAGCCUCAUUUACUUUUUGUUUUGGGAUUCUAUGCAUUUAAACUCUUAAGGACAAUCAUAGCAAUUAAGUUGCACUUUUAACACUAUAUCUGAUGUCUGCAGUCAUUUUGUAAGUGCAUUGAAAAAAAAAUCGAAAAUCGAAUCGAAA